UGUCCCUGUGCGUUUGGAGGAGUUAUCAGCUGCUGGCAGGAGAGGAAACGACGACGAGGAGCGGAAGAGGAGGCAGCAGAGCCACGGUGCGGGUGACCAUUCCUUCACUGCUGCUGCUGUCCUUUCAUUACGAGCCACCUGCUGAAAAACGCUCCUCUGUUGCACAUUAUAUUAUCAAUAUUCACGUUUUUUUUUGUUUUUUUUUUAAAGAAAUUUCUUCCCAAAGCUGAAGAUCUGAAGAUCUUCAAUAUGUGUCGGAUCUAACACCUGCGGAGAGGACUAUAAGGAAUAUCAGACUCCCUCCGUGGAUGUGGACAAAUAAACUGUGGACAUGGAAAAGAUAGUAAAUUUAUCCCUUUCAGUGCUGCUGGUUUUAUGGGGUUGCGCGCUUGGAGGCUCGCCCAGUGUUCAGAUUGGGGGACUCUUUCCAAGGGGCGCGGACCAAGAGUACAGCGCAUUUCGGAUAGGAAUGGUUCAAUUUGGCACUUCGGAAUUCAGACUUACGCCUCACAUUGACAAUCUGGAAGUGGCGAACAGUUUUGCUGUUACCAAUUGUUUCUGUUCACAGUUCUCGAGAGGAGUGUACGCCAUUUUUGGAUUCUACGACAAAAAGUCCGUCAACACCAUCACGUCAUUUUGUGGGACGCUCCAUGUCUCCUUCAUCACGCCCAGCUUCCCUCUGGACGGGAAUCAGCAGUUCAUCAUCCAAAUGAGGCCCGAUAUCAAGGGGCCCCUCCUCAGUCUUAUCGAGUACUACAAGUGGGACAAGUUUGCCUACCUGUACGACAGCGAUCGAGGCUUGACAACCCUACAGGUUGUUUUGGACACAGCGGCAGAGAAGAAGUGGCAGGUAACAGCCAUCAACGUCGGCAACCUGAAAGAUGAGAGAAAAGACGAGGCUUACCGCUCACUCUUCCAAGACCUGGAGAACAAGAAGGAGAGGAGGGUGAUCCUGGACUGUGAACAGGACAAAGUAAAAGACAUCAUGGACCAGGUCAUCACAAUUGGCAGACAUGUUAAAGGCUACCACUACAUUAUAGCCAAUCUGGGUUUCAUUGAUGGAGAUCUGUCAAAAAUCCAAUAUGGUGGUGCCAACGUGUCAGGCUUUCAGAUUGUUGACUUUGAGGAUCCUUUGGUGUCCAAGUUUGACCAGAGAUGGGAGGCCCUGGAGGAAAAGGAGUAUCCUGGUGCUGACAGUAAAAUUAGGUACACGUCCGCAUUGACCUACGACUCCGUGCAAGUGAUGACCGAGGCUUUCCGCUACCUGCACAAGCAACGCAUUGACUUCACCCGGCGGGCCAACAACGGUGACUGUCUGGCGAACCCUGCUGUGCCCUGGGCUCAGGGUGUGGAGAUUGAGCGGGCACUGAAACAGGUUCGGGUGGAAGGCCUGACAGGGAACAUCCAGUUUGAUCAACAUGGCAAGAGAGUGAACUACUCAGUGAACGUCAUGGAGUUAAAGACCAAUGGUCCGGUAAAGAUCGGGUACUGGAAUGAGGUGGACAGAAUGGCUGUAACCAAAUCAGACGUCUUUGCAAAUGAAUCGACAGGAAUGGAAAACAAAACUGUGAUUGUCACCACCAUCUUGGAAGCUCCGUAUGUAAUGCUGAAAAAGAAUGCUGACCUUUUUGUAGACAAUGAACGCUACGAGGGUUACUGUGUAGAUCUGGCUGCGGAGAUAGCCAAACACUGUGGCUUCAAAUAUCAACUGAAAAUAGUGGGGGAUGGGAAAUAUGGAGCCAGAGAUGCAGAGACCAAAAUCUGGAAUGGGAUGGUUGGAGAGUUGGUGUACGGGAAAGCAGAUAUCGCUGUGGCUCCUCUGACGAUCACUUUGGUGCGAGAGGAGGUCAUCGACUUCUCCAAACCCUUUAUGUCUCUUGGAAUCUCCAUCAUGAUCAAGAAGCCUCAAAAAUCAAAGCCAGGAGUUUUCUCUUUCCUGGACCCACUUGCCUAUGAGAUCUGGAUGUGUAUCGUUUUUGCCUACAUCGGUGUCAGUGUCGUGCUGUUCCUCGUAAGCCGAUUCAGCCCAUAUGAGUGGCACACCGAGGAGUACGAGGACGGGCAAAUCCAGACUAAUGAGUCCACCAACGAGUUUGGCAUAUUCAACAGCCUGUGGUUUUCUCUCGGAGCCUUCAUGCGACAAGGCUGUGACAUCUCACCUAGAUCUCUGUCUGGGCGCAUUGUCGGUGGCGUGUGGUGGUUUUUCACUCUCAUCAUCAUCUCCUCUUACACGGCCAACCUGGCUGCUUUCCUAACUGUUGAGAGGAUGGUGUCUCCCAUUGAAAGUGCAGAGGACCUGGCUAAACAGACUGAGAUAGCCUAUGGGACUCUGGACUCUGGCUCCACCAAAGAGUUUUUCAGGCGCUCAAAAAUCGCCCUCUUUGACAAAAUGUGGACGUACAUGCGCAGUGCGGAGCCCUCUGUGUUUGUGAAAACCACAGCAGAGGGGGUUUUGAGGGUCCGCAAGAGCAAGGGGAAAUAUGCCUACCUGCUGGAGUCCACCAUGAAUGAGUACAUCGAGCAGCGGAAGCCCUGCGACACCAUGAAAGUGGGAGGCAACCUGGACUCCAAAGGCUACGGGAUCGCCACGCCGAAAGGAUCCUCAUUAAGAACACCAGUAAACCUUGCGGUAUUGAAACUCAGUGAGCAAGGCGUCUUAGACAAGCUGAAAAACAAAUGGUGGUACGAUAAGGGUGAAUGUGGAGCCAAGGACUCUGGAAGUAAGGAGAAGACGAGCGCCCUCAGCCUGAGCAACGUGGCUGGGGUCUUCUACAUUCUGGUCGGAGGACUCGGCUUGGCCAUGCUGGUGGCCUUGAUUGAGUUCUGUUACAAGUCCCGAGCCGAGGCGAAACGAAUGAAGAUGACGUUCGGGGAUGCCAUGAGGAAUAAAGCGAGACUCUCCGUCACUGGGAGUACUGGGGAGAAUGGUCGGGUGAUGACUCCAGAGUUUCCUAAAGCUGUCCACGCUGUCCCGUACGUGAGACCUGACAUGGGACUAAACGUCAGCCUGACAGAUCUGUCCUGAUCAAUGAGAAACUUCUGAGUGCCUUACUAUGGUUUCAAUAGAGCGUUUUGCUUUGUUUUGUUUUGUUUUGUUUUGUCCCUCCGACCCUCCUUGAGUUUUCCUGUCUCUGUCUGGUGAAAUGGAAAAAGCAGGAGAUGGAGUCUUCAUUUGUCUCACACACAAAGACUUUUAUUGUUGCUCUCUGUCUCGAUUCCUCACCAUUUAAAUUGCCUCCCUCUCUGGGUGGAAUUAAAUCUUGGAAUAUUAAAGGGAGGUGUUUUUUUUCUGUCUGAACUGGUGACACCAUGCUUUUCCUAUCAAUCUGUCUGGACUGGCCUGAGAUGAGAUCGAGGGGCUUGAUUGAUGGCUACGGAUGCUUCUGGGAGUCAGAGUUUCAGUCAUCUCUGCUGUGUAUGAGUGGAUUGUGUAUGUGAAGAGUGUGUGAGUGUGUGUGUGUGUGUGUGUGCAUCAGGAGAAGAUGUCAUAAAGAAAAAAAAAAUACUUUUGUUUCUGUAGCCACAGCCGCCAAACUGGAUUUUCAAGCACACUUGAUACCAUCGACAUUAAGAUGUGAACGUGUCUUUUUUUUCUUCUUUUUUUUAAGAAAAUCAAAAAAAAAGUUUAUUGGGAAAAAAAAAUAUUUUUAUGUAUUUUCACAAAAUAGCUUUUAAAUAAACUUGCUUACAUACUGGUUGGAUAUAAACAUCUUAAUGUGUGAGUGUAAAGAAAGAACAAAAUAUUAAACAGCUUCUAGUACCAUAUUUUUAAAGCCAAAUACAUUGCAGCGUAUGGGGGUGAAAAUGUUGAAAUCAUGUAAUUAACUCCUAUUCUAAACUUUCCUGUAUAUUUUAUUCUUUAACAUUUGGUGUUGUUGAAAUAAUAUGUCAAUUCUUGACAUUUUGGAAUCAAUCCGUCUCUGUUUUUUCUUGUUAGCGUUGGUGCAGCAACUUUUUUGCUUUAUACUUUUGUCUCUUUGUUCGCUUCAGUGCUUUUGCUGUUUGUGUUUUUUCUGACGAGGACCAGGGUAGAUGUUCUACUUCCAACAGGAAAUCAAUCUGUUUACACACAUACACUCACGCACACACACACACACACACACAGAAAAUGAUAGAUUGGUGUGGUAUUUUAUUAUCACAUCACAUUGUGAUGUGGCGUCAAGAAGAGGCAUCGAAAUCCACAUUGGUCUAUGUGCUGGUUUUAAAAUGCCAAAUAAGUGAGAGUGCCAAAUUCUAGUGCCAGUAGAUAUGAAUAUAGUCUUAAAUAUAAUCAAUCACUGUCAUCUCAGUGAAUGUAAAUGAUACAUUCUGUAAGUUUUGUAACUAGAUGUACAGUCGGUGGCAAUUACAAUGCUAUUACAGUAGCCUUUUUCGCUUUGUUUUCCAGUCUCCAUGUACUUUUGCAAUGAUCUGACUAUGACGUCGCACCGGUUGCAUGUUGUUGCCGCAGAUACGAUAUAAGUUUAUUUCACUACAGCCAAACACGCAUUUUCAUUUUAAUGUUGAAGUUGUGAGGUAAACUGUUCAAAGUUGGAAAUACAAUGUCAGACAUAUAUAUAUAUACAUAUACAGUAUAUACAUAUAUUUUAUAUAAAAAAGUUUAAAUAUGAAAAGUUAUGGCCCCUUUGCAUUAUUAUAGCAUCAACGCUACUUUGCUUCUGUCGGAUACAAACUUUUCUUUCUACUUAUUCUAAAAAUAAAGUUUUUCUUUAUUUUAUUUGUCAUUUAUGGUCCAACACAAAGGAGCACUUCUAUUCGAUUUCCUUUUCCCUAAAGAUUGACCCACAAGGAGCCCUCCACUGUGACAUAAAGGGAGGUAUAAACUAUACUGUUGUCAUCACUUGUUUAUGUCAUCAAUAAUAGGAACAUAUACCAUAGUUUCAUCACGUCAUUUUUCAUGCUAUUCUCAUAGACUUUUUGUAAAUGGAAUGUGUGCUAACUUGUUUAUUUUUUGGGACUUUCUAAAUAAAAGUGGCUGAUCUCUUGUUA